AUGGAACCUGGGCCUGGGCCAGAUGCAUCUCUGACUGUCAAUGAACAGGUUAUCGUGAUGUCAGGUCAUGAGACCAUCAGAGUGCUGGAAGUUGGAGUGGAUACCCAGCUCCCCAUUGAGGAAGAAAGCAAAGGCCUGGAAGGUGUGGCUGCUGAAGGCUCUCAGAGCAGAGGCCCUGCCAAGGCCAGUGGACCCCUUAAUGAAGCUGAGCCAAACAACCCAGACUCCUCUGCAGAGGCAGCUGUGAAGUCACUUCCAGAGAUCCCGCCGAGUCCUGCCCCUGCUGUUGCUACCUUCAGCCAAGCCCCAAGCCAGCCUCAGGCAUCGCAGACCCUGACGCCACUGGCUGUACAAGCUGCCCCCCAGGGUCAAGUGGCUGGUCAGCAGGGGCUGGCCGUGUGGACAAUUCCUACAGCAACCGUGGCUACCCUCCCAGGACUGACCGCUGCCUCUCCUACGGGGGGAAUUUUCAAGCCACCUUUAGCCGGUCUCCAAGCAGCUGCCGUGCUGAACACCGCUCUUCCGGCACCUGUUCAAGCUGCCCCACCAGUACAGGCAUCUUCGCCCGCCCAGCCUCGGCCACCAGCCCAGUCCCAGCCACUGUUCCAGGCCCAGCCACUGCUGCAGACUACACCUGCCAUUCUACCGCAGCCCACCGCUGCCACCGCUGCUGCCCCCACCCCCAAGCCAGUGGACACCCUUCCACAGAUCACCGUCCAGCCUGCAGGCUUCGCAUUUAGCCCAGGAAUCAUCAGCGCUGCUUCCCUCGGGGGGCAGACUCAGAUCCUGGGCUCCCUCACUACAACUCCAGUCAUUGCCAACGCCAUUCCCAGCAUGCCGGGGAUCAGCAGCCAGAUCCUCACCAAUGCUCAGGGACAGGUUAUUGGAACACUUCCAUGGGUAGUGAACUCGGCUAGCAUGGCGACCCCAGCACCAGCCCAAAGCCUGCAGGUCCAGGCUGUGACACCCCAGCUAUUAUUGAACGCCCAGGGCCAGGUUAUUGCAACCUUGGCCAGCAGCCCUCUGCCUCCACCCGCAACCAUCCGGAAGCCAAGCACUCCUGAGUCUCCUGCUAAGAGUGAGGUGCAGCCCAUCCAGCCCACGCCAGCAGUACCCCAGCCCACCGUGGUCAUUGCCAGCCCAGUCCCAGCGGCCAAGUCGUCUGCUUCUGCUCCUAUCCCAAUUACCUGCUCAGAGACUCCUACCGUCAGCCAGCUGGUGUCCAAGCCACAUACCACAAGUCUGGAUGAGGAUGGAAUCAAUUUAGAAGAGAUCAGGGAGUUUGCCAAGAACUUUAAGAUCCGACGGCUUUCCCUGGGCCUCACUCAGACCCAGGUGGGUCAGGCUCUGACCGCGACAGAAGGCCCAGCUUACAGCCAGUCCGCCAUCUGCAGGUUUGAGAAGCUGGACAUCACACCCAAGAGUGCUCAGAAGCUAAAACCAGUGCUGGAGAAGUGGCUGAAUGAGGCUGAACUCCGGAACCAGGAAGGCCAGCAGAACCUGAUGGAGUUUGUGGGAGGUGAGCCCUCCAAGAAACGCAAACGCCGCACCUCCUUCACCCCCCAGGCCAUAGAGGCCCUCAAUGCCUACUUCGAGAAGAACCCACUACCUACAGGCCAGGAGAUUACAGAGAUUGCUAAGGAGCUCAAUUAUGACCGUGAGGUCGUGCGGGUCUGGUUCUGCAAUCGACGCCAGACGCUCAAGAACACCAGCAAGCUCAAUGUCUUUCAGAUCCCUUAGGACUCAGCCCCUGCCAUGUGUUCCAGCACU